UGUUUUUUCAGAUUGUACGUCGUCACUUCACUCGUAGGGAGGGUUGAGGCCCUCCCUUGCAUGAUGUCUUUGCAUUCUAAUUUGCUAUACAGUACAUUCCAAUCGGCUACAGUACUCCUGCUGUUGAGCGUAUUGUCCGCAUCUGCAGAAUAUGUGAGCACUGAAUUGGAAUUGGACGCAAAUGUUAAUUCGGUUGAGUGCGUGCAAUGCGUGCAGCUAUGGCGCGCCGCGUCGCAACGCGACGCGAGGGCUUGCGGUCCGCACGCGAAAACAUGCAAAGGAAACGCAUGUUUUAUGCGCCAAUGUAAGCACUGUCCCGUCUAUCAGUACAUGUCCGGCUGCGUUGUGCUUACGCCUUGGCAAAUCGCUGAUUUGGAGGUCAAUCGCCGACGAUCUGAGUUGAAGUUGCGAAGAGUUGGGUCAGAGCUUUUAUGCGAAGAUACUUUCAAUCAAACGACAUGUAUAUGUAACAGAAGGGACAAGUGCAAUUCAAUGUAUGCUCGAUUACCAUUCUCCACCUAUGGUGAAGGGGUAUUCAAUGGUGUCGUAAAUUUUGAUCAAAUUAUUGCCGAAUUGGAUCCAAGGUACCUCGAUGUAAUAUCCGGUUAUCAAUACCGGUUUGCUAAAAGCUCAACGGCGGCUAAUAGUUUUACAUUAGUAACUGUAUUAUUAUUGUCUGUUAUCUUAUUGAUAUGUAAUUUGUUCUAAUUUGUGACUUUGUGUGCACUUACGUACAUCAUGCAGUUGUGUUAAAAUUUUC